GAUCGACGAAUCAGAGGACAUGAGUUGGUGAUGUAAACGGAGUGACGUAAUUUUGGAAAGUCCACACUGUAGCUCCAAACAUCAUUGCAUGUAUGCAUAUUCUCGGCUUGCAGCAAAAAAGAAGAAGUCGAUAGGCACUUGUGUUGUAAUCUUCGUUUGGAAGUCAGUAGGCUAGUGGAAAGUCAUCAAUGAGCGCGUAAGAAAGGGCAUCGUCAUGAUGACAAUCAACAUGAUCUGUUCAAGAUGGACCGGGUUGCUGGCCGCGUUGCUCCUCAUCGCAAUGUGCAUCGGAGCUGAGCCUCGGGAAAAGCGGGCUGCCGAUAGCACUGAGCAGCCAAAUAUACUGACCAAUGAUGGACAUCUGAUAUUCCAGACAGGGUCAAAUCACAAUAUAUCUUUCAAGACAGGAGGUGGAACAGGGAGAAUCAAUAUUGAUGAUUAUGAUCUCAUGGAUAUAUCCAGAACCACAAUGUCAAAUAAGGCUAGCGUGGAAGGAUUGCAGUCUGAUGUGACAUCAUUACAGUCCUCAAGCCAGGAUCUGGUAACCAGGGUUACCAAUCUAGAGAAUGGUAGCGGAGGAGGUGGAGGGACAAGUCCUGACAUUGAGAGACGGGUAUCAGAUUUGGAAGAAAAUUACAAUCUUCUGACUAUCAAUGAAUGCUCAAGCAAUCCUUGCAGAAAUGGUGGCACCUGUAUUGAUAUGUAUAACAAGUUCAUGUGCCUGUGUACAUCUGCAUGGCAGGGUACUUUAUGUGAACAGGACUUCAAUGAAUGCAGUGUUAUCGUUGGAACUGUCAAUGAUUGUCAGAAUGGAGGCACAUGUAUGAACACACCAGGUGGAUACAGUUGUGACUGUACAGCAGACUUCUAUGGGUCUCUAUGUACUAUGCAAUAUGACGACUGUGCAUCCAACUCUGUUGCUAAUGUUUGUGAUCAUGGAUAUUGUGUCAACCUCCCGAGAGUACAGACAGGCGUGACUCGAUUUGACUGUAUCUGUUCGGACGGCUGGGAUAAGGUCAGUGCAUCUAAUCCAGCUUGUAGUGCUGACAUUGAUGAGUGUUCAGCAGACAAGUAUCCCUGUUCCGCCAACCCUCGAGUCAGCUGUACCAAUGUGGAUGGAACAUACUACUGUGGAAACUGUCCUGCAGGUUACGAUGGGAAUGGUCACCAGUGUACUGACAUGAAUGAAUGCUUGAUUAACAAUGGAGGAUGCUCUCAGAUGGUAACAUGUUCAAACACAGAUGGCUCUAGAUCAUGUGGGCCAUGCCCAGCAGGUUAUAUUGGAGAUGGGGUGACAUGCACAUAUGUAGGUAUCUGCAAUGUUAAUAAUGGUGGAUGUGACCCAAUAGCAACCUGUCAAGAAAACACAGGUGUUCCAGAUGGUCGCACAUGUACCUGCCCCAGUGGAAAAACAGGCUCAGGAAUCGGUGAUGGGGGUUGCAGCUCCUCGGGCACCUCCUGUAAUGAUAAUCCCUGCGUUAACGGACGAUGUGAGUACACUGGCAGUGGGUACAGGUGUAUCUGCGAUCCUGGGUGGACGGGAACGAACUGCGAUGUGAACGUCAAUGACUGCUCGACCAACCCCUGUCAAAAUGGAGGCACAUGUACGGAUGGUGUCAAUGGGUUUGUCUGCCAGUGUCCCAGCGGCUGGACUGGAGAUACCUGCUCAGAAACAAGUGUUGCCUGUGGAGCAUUCCUGAGUGGUAUCUCUGGUUCCUUUGAAUUCCCUGGAGAGGGGCAGUUAUACCCUCAUGGAGUCAGCUGUGCUUGGGUUAUUGAUACUGAUGAUGACAAGGUAAUAAACCUCUACUUUGAGCGAUUUAACAUUGAAGAACACCCAGACUGCAUUUAUGACUUCCUCCAAAUUAACGAUGGGUCUUCUGCAUCAGCAAACCCAAUUGGAAAGUACUGUGGCUCGAACCCUCCUGCCAAUAUCACAUCUACCCAUGACACACUCUACAUCUGGUUCUUUAGUGAUAUCAGUGUCAAUAGUGGAGGCUUUAAGAUCCUAUGGAAUGCUAGAGAUCCAGUGUGUGGUGGCCCUCUCAUUGGUGCUAACCAUGGCAAUCUACAGUCACCUGGUUACCCUGGUGAUUACCCAGUCAACCGUGACUGUGUCUGGACUAUCACCGUGGAUGCUGGACGUUAUAUCACCCUUGCAUUCGGCGAUCUUCACUUAGAGUCUCAUCCUUCAUGUGACUAUGACUACCUCAGGAUCAUUGAUGGCUUGAAUGAAGCUGAUCCUUUGCUAGGAACGUAUUGCAACAGUCAAACACCUCCUCCUGUUGAUACGACUGGACCUUAUGCUUUCAUCCGUUUCCAUAGCGAUGCAUCAGCAACAGAUACUGGCUUCCAGCUCACUUACACUUCUAGUCAAAUUGAUGCUGGUUGUGGAGGAGCCCUGACUGCUGAUACCGGUAUCAUCAUCUCUCCUAACUACCCAAACCCAUACAACCACAACCAGCAAUGUAUCUGGACCAUCCAAGUCCCAUCUACAGAGGUCAUCACAUUUACUAUUACUGACCUACUUAUUGAAGAGUCAACCAACUGUGAUUUUGACUAUGUUGAGAUGCGAGAUGGAUUCAAUGAGAACUCUCCGUUCAUUGGUCGUUACUGCCGUUCUGCUGACAUACCAGGUCCAAUCACUUCAUCUUCAAACACUAUGUGGAUCCUGUUCCAAUCAGAUUCAUCUGUCAAUGCAGGAGGUUUCAGAGCUACCUAUGAAGUUGCUUGUGGAGGUUUAUACACGGCUCCUGCUGGUACUAUCUUCUCUCCAUACUUCCCCAACGCCUACCCUCAUGAGAGGACAUGCGAGUAUGUCAUCACCGCUGGAGAUAACCAGGUCGUUACUCUCACCUUCACCUUCUUUGACAUUGAAGGUCAUGAAACCUGUGCAUAUGAUUACCUGGAGGUGCAUGAUGGUGCCUCUGAUAGUGCUCCACUCAUCUCUACCCUGUGUGGCGAUCAGAUACCUGCUCCUAUUACUACCACCGGUAGCAGCAUCUAUCUUAAGUUUGGCACUGAUGCUUCCAUCGCAAACUUUGGAUUCAGCGCUGACUAUCAGUUUUCAGAUGAAGGCAACCCAGGCAUUGGUUGUGGGGGAACCUUUACUGAGAGCACUGGCACGUUUAGCUCCCCUUCUGAUGGUAGCGUCUACCCACAUGGGGCCAACUGCAUCUACAACAUGGUAAUAGAUCCUGGCAUGAUUAUAGAGCUGACUUUCACUGUGUUUAACCUGGAGGAAGCUUCCAACUGUAUCUUUGACUAUGUGGAGAUCUAUGACAAUGGCACUACCCCAAAUGUGACAUUCCUUGGAAGGUAUUGUGGUUCCGGACCACCUCCUGUCAUGAUGUCUGCCAGUAACCGGAUGAGUGUUGUCUUCAUCACUGACUCCUCUGUGGCUUAUGAAGGCUUUACAGCAUCCUAUAUAGCAGUCAAUGCAUCAACAUAUUGUGGUGGAACCUUAUCUGGUGCUACAGGAGUUGUUAUGAGUCCUGACUACCCCAACAAUUACCCUGACAACAGAGACUGUACAUGGACCAUUAGUGCUCCAGUCGGAAAUCAAAUUAUUCUCACCUUUACAAACUUCACGUUAGAGGAUAAUUCCAAUUGUGCAUAUGACUAUUUGACUAUCAGGAAUGGUGGUUACGACAGCUCCCCUCUUAUCGGUACCUACUGUGGUCCAAAGAUCAGUCCUACUACAUUCAUCUCUCAUAGUCAUCUAAUGAGACUCACCUUCCAUACAGACAUCUCUAUCACAGCUACAGGCUUCUCUGCAUUCUACGAUUCUACAGCAACAGGUUGUGGAGGGACAUUAACAUCACCAACGGGAAGCUUCACAUCACCCAGCUACCCGUAUGCCUACAAUCACGAUGCUUUCUGCGUGUGGACCAUGACCGUAGCCCAAGGAUCACAGAUCAUACUCACCUUUACUGACAUGGAUGUUGAAGAUCACUCCUCCUGUGCAUUUGAUUAUGUCAAGGUUCUUGAUGGUCUAGAAACUACGAGCCAGUUGAUUGGUGUCUUCUGUGGCACCACAAUCCCUGAACCUGUCCAUUCUACAGGCAAUAGCAUGCGUAUUGAAUGGCAGUCAGACUUCUCUGUGAGUGGAAGGGGAUUCUCGGCCACCUAUGAAGAAGAUUGCUCUGAUGUGGUACUAACAGCUCCUUCUGGAUACAUCGAGUCUCCUAACUACCCUGAUCCGUACCCUCAUAGCCGAAACUGUUCAUGGAUUGUGCAAACUACAACUGGAAAUACUAUCAACUUCACAUUCACUGAUCUAAAUCUUGAAGCACACAGCACCUGUACAUUUGACUAUGUCCGUAUUGUAGAUGGUCAGGACAGCAGUGAUAAUGAGCUUGCCAGGCUGUGUGGUAAUAAUCCUUUACCACCAGGCACUACAUACCCUUCUACACAGCAAUACAUGAGAGUAGAAUUCCAUUCAGAUUCCUCUGUGGCCAACGCUGGGUUCCAGGGAUACUAUGAAAUUGAUGGUUGUGGGGAGCAGCUAACAGGAAACAGCGGUACAUUCUCCAGCCCUAACUACCCUAAUCCUUAUGACCACACCCGUACUUGUGAAUGGACAAUCACUGUGGAUCCGGGCAGCUCCAUCACUCUCACAAUUGACAACAUUGAUAUGGAGAAUAGCGUACAAUGUCAAUUUGAUGUGCUAGAGAUCUAUUCCGGGACAGAUGACAAUGGAUUCUUAUUGCAGCAGCUGUGUGAGACAAGCACUGAAGCUCAAGCUAUCUCUUCAGUCGGUAAUCAGAUGUUUGUCAGGUUCCGUACAGAUUCUUCUGUCAAUGGAGGUGGCUUCCAUGCUUCAUAUCAAGCAAACCCUGGAGGAUGUGGAGGCAACUAUACAUCAGCAAGUGGAGGACUGCAUUCCCCCACGGCCCCUGGUAGUGUGAACUACCCCCACUUCACUGAUUGCUCCUGGACCAUCACAGUCGCUGAAGAUCAUAGAGUCGCCUUUUCUUUCCGGACCUUCGACCUUGAAGGUGCUACAAACUGUACCUAUGAUUAUGUGGAGCUACAUGAUGGGUUAGGUCAUUCCUCACCUGUGAUAACUAAAGUAUGUGGAUCAGGACUCCCAGACCCAGCCACUUAUUACUCUAGCAGUAACAUGAUGUAUGUCCAUAUGUUCAGUGAUGGUAGUGUGAGUAGCACUGGCUUCAGAGCAUCCUAUGAAACAGCAUGUGGAGGCAGAAAGGAUGCCAGCGUAGAUGGCUACAUUCAGACUUCUAACUAUCCCAACUACUACCUUAAUAAUCAGAACUGCUCAUGGAUUAUAGAAACUGAUGAUCCACAGGAUCGUAUAACCCUGAUCUUUACCCAUAUGGACCUGGAAGCCAACGGUGCCUCAGACUGUCAUGACUCUGUCACAGUCCGCCAGGGUAACAGUGACACCUCACCAGAGGUCGGCACCUACUGCGGUUCCAUCGUCCCCAUCCCUAUCACUUCUACCGGCCCCUCCCUUUUCGUCUCAUUCUCCAGUGAUUCAAGCGUCACUCUUACUGGUUUCAGAGCUACUUACACCACAUCAGAGUCGGCAUGUGGUGGAACAUACUCUGCUCAGUCUGGUUCUAUUGUCAGCCCCGCCUACCCAGCUAACUACCCUCAAGAUACAGAAUGUAUAUGGAUCUUUACCGCAUCAGCAGGAAACAGAGUACAACUCUCAUUCAGCAUUUUCAACCUUGAGUCAGUAUGUAGCCAGGACUAUGUGGAACUUCGUCAGGAUGAUGCAAACGGUGCACUGAUUGGUCGCUAUUGUGGUAACACCAUUCCUAGUAAUGUAACUGCUGUUGGUAGUUUGUGGAUGAAGUUCCGUUCAGAUUCACAAUCAUCUGAUGCAGGAUUCCUUGCCAGCUUUGCAAUGCAAUUUGGUGGUGAUCUGUCUGGAAUGGCUGGCACUAUCGAAUCGCCUCUGUACCCCUCUGUCUACCCUCACUAUGCUAGUGUAAUGUGGACAGUCACAGUUCCAGCUGGGGAGCUGAUCCUAUUUUAUUUCACCGUUAUGGAUAUUGAAAAUGAUGCGGCUUGUUCAUUUGACUAUGUCAAGAUUCGAGAUGGGUUGUAUGAGUAUUCACCAGUCCUACAAACAGUUUGUGGUAUCGAGAUCCCUAAUGCAGUCCAGACCACAGGGAAUGUUGGCUCUGUGCAAUUAUCUAGUGACUUCUCCAUUGCUGGCACUGGUUUCCAGCUCAACUGGCUUGCUGUGUCUGGUAGUAACACCAUUGCACCUGGGACAGCUGAGCCUGGAAGCUGCGGAGGACCAUUGACAGCUACCGGCAGUGAGCAGAACUUCACCUCUCCUGGUUACCCUAGUAACUACCUUGAUAACCAGGACUGUGUAUGGCUCAUCACAUCCAACGGAGGCACCAUCUUCCUCAACUUUACCUCUUUCCUCCUCGAAGAUGGAGGUGUGGACUGUAUCUUUGACUAUGUCAGAAUCUAUGAUGGUGCAACCAAUACUGAUACUCGAUUAGGUCAGUUCUGUGGGACCCUUGCAUCACCAGUGUACUCUACAGGAAGCACAAUGAGAGUUGAGUUCUCUACAGAUAGCUCUGUCACUUUAGCAGGUUUUGUAGCAGUUUUCAAGUCAGGAUGUGGAGGUGACUUUACAUCAAUGAGUGGAACUGUAACAAGCCCUGGUUAUCCCGGCUAUUAUGCUUCCAACCUGGAUUGUACAUACAGCAUUCAGACUAUCUCUGGCGCUACAAUAUCACUUAACUUCCAAGAAUUGGAUGUUGAAUCUUCCAGCAACUGUGGAAAGGACCAGCUAUAUUUAUCCAAUGGAGGAUCUGAGACUUCUCCAGCUCUUGGAACGAGUCCGUACUGUGGCACUGCUGAGCCCUCUGGUUUGGAAACAUCUAGUAACAUGCUUAGAGCACGCUUUGUUACUGAUGACUCAGGCAAUGGACGCGGAUUCAGCUUUAGUUAUGUGACUGUCACAGCAGGUUGUGGUGGACAUCGUACACUAACCAGUGCUACUGAUACAGGGUUCAUCUCAUCUACCAACUGGCCUAAUAACUAUGUAGAGAACACAGAAUGUAUCUGGAUCAUCUCUGGACCUCAGACAUAUCUCAUAUCUGGAGUCUUUGAGAGUAACUUCUACAUUGAGUCUCAUUCAAGUUGCCAAUUUGACUACAUUGAGAUCCGUGAUGGUGGUUCUGCUAAUGCUCCUCUGAUUGGUCAGUACUGUGGCAAUGUAGCUCCUAAUCCAAUCACCACAACAGGCAAUGCCAUGUAUGUCAGGUUCUCAACAGACUUCAGUGUCGUUCAUUCUGGCUUCAAGAUGACCUAUAGCCCAGCUCAAUGCGGAGGCAGCUACUCUGGUACCAGUGGAACGUUCAACUCGCCCAACUACCCCAACAACUAUGAUUCAGCUGCAAACUGUGAGUGGUACAUCACAGGUCCUGUAGGUCACUAUGUCACCGUCUCAUUCUCAGCAUUCAAUGUGAUUGGCUCUGGAGACUGUUCUACUGGAGACUAUGUUAGGAUACAUGAUGGACGCAAUGUUUCAGCUCCUGUGCUAGCGACGUACUGUGGAGGUAACAUCCCUGCAUCCAUCGAUACAUCUGAUGCUUAUGCCUACGUCGUCUUUGUCUCCAACUCAGACUCUAAUACUGGAUCUGGAUUCUCUCUUCAAUUCACUGCCAGUCUAGAAGAAUGUGGAGGAGACUUGGUAUCAGCCACAGGCUCUUUCUCUUCACCCAGCUACCCUAACCAGUACAUGCACUCUAGGGUGUGUGAAUGGCGUAUCACUGUUCAGAUAGGUCAUCAGGUCAAUCUCUACUUUGCUGACUUUGAUGUGGAAGACUCCUCAACUUGUGCCUUUGACUCUGUUAAGGUAUACAAUGGUUUAGCUGACAACUCUCCUCUGCUAAACACCCUGUGUGGGAUAGAGACUCCAGACAUGAUCUCCUCCAGUGGUAACACCAUGCGAGUCGUCUUCAGUACAGAUGGUUCAGUUGCAGGUCGAGGGUUCCAAGCUCGCUAUGACUCUAAUGAUGCAUCAGUGUGUGGAGGUCAGCUGACAGUCAGGCCUGGUGGAUCAGGAUAUAUCUUCAGUCCUCAGUAUGGAAUAGCAAACUACUCAAACAAUCUCAAUUGUGAAUGGACUCUUGGAAACUCUGCCAUCACCAACAGCUCCCUCUAUCUCACAUUUGAAGAUGGUUUUGAUCUGGAAUCUAGUAGCACAUGCUCUUUUGACUAUCUCCAGUUGUUUGAAGGAUCUGAUAGCACUGGAGUAGAGUUAACAAGGUUCUGUGGUACGACGGCUCCUAAUCCAUACUUCAUCCCGUUCCAAACCACCUUCCUGAGAUUUAGAACUGAUGGCAGUGUGGUAGGAGAAGGAUUCAGAAUGCAGUACCAGGCAUCAGGUUGUGGUGGAAUUGUGUCGGGUACAUCCGGUGUUAUUACCAGUCCUAACUUCCCUAACGACUAUAAUCAUGAUGACCAUUGUGCUUGGAGGAUAGAUGCUCCUGUUGGAGAAACAAUAACUUAUACCUUCACAUCCUUCAACAUCGAGACUGAUCCUAACUGUGGUUAUGACUAUCUGUCUGUGAGAAAUGGGGGUUUCCCUAACUCCCCUCAGAUUUCUGGUCAGUACCCCCUCUGUGGCAGCGUGGCUCCAAGCAGCUUCACGUCGUCUAGCAACCAGCUCUUUAUCAUCUUCAAGACUGAUCAAUCAGGGUCGGCUGGAGGCUUUAGGAUGGAGUGGACAACUGUCACUAAUGGUUGUGGAGGUAACUUCCACGGGACAACAGGAAGCAUUCAGACACCCAACUAUCCUAGAAACUAUGAUGCAAACGCAGAAUGUGUAUGGAGUAUCCUAUCCGAUGAUUCUAUGCAUAUUAAUCUUGACUUUGACCCAAACUAUGGCCUUGGCACUGGUGACACUAUCGAGUUCUUUGAUGGAUUCAAUGAGCAGGCGCCUUCCUUAGGGAUGUUUAGUUCAUCAUCUCCUGCUACCCAGGUAUCAUCAACUCAUAACAUGAUAAUGGUCAGGUUCCGUAGUGAUGCUAGCACACAGAACGUUGGGUUCAUGGCAACUUGGACUAGUGAAUGUGGAGUGGAAUAUAUUGAUGUUGGAGAAGGUUCCAUUAGUUCACCUGGCUAUCCAGACGCCCAGUACUCUAAUAAUCUCAACUGUAGCUACAAGAUAAGCGUGGGUUCAACUGUUCCUCUUGUCAUGAAUUUUGAGGAUCCCUUCGAUAUUGAGAGUCAUGGUACUUGUGCCUAUGAUGGAUUGAGUGUGUAUGCCGGUACAGAUAACCAAGGCACAUUAAUGGGUACUUACUGUGGAACCACUACGCCAUCAUACUUUGAAGUCACAGGACCUGUCUAUCUCAACUUUUACACUGAUGGUAGUGUUACUGGAACAGGAUUCAAACUCAAUUUUGAGCAAGGUUGUGGUGGAGUUUUCACAGCUGAUUCUGGUCUUAUCACCACUCCGCCCCACCUGACAGCAUACAAGAAUGAUCAGAACUGUACAUGGCUUAUUACAGUAGACUCAACCAAGAAUGUAGAAUUCAAAUUCGACACAUUUGAAUUAGAAUACCACACUUCAUGCAACUUUGACUACGUGCAGCUAUUUGACGGUACUGAUUUCACUACACCCCUUACCCAACCUCUAUGUGGUUCAACCAUUCCCCAAGGCUUCUUCCACAGUACAGGCAAUUCCAUGCUUAUCAACAUGGUGACUGACUACUCCGUCACUCUCGCUGGAUUCUCAGGAGCAUAUCUGGCUACCUAUGGACCAAGCCAAGGAUGCGGAGGAACAAAGACAGCAGCAUCAGGUACCAUCACAGACUUUGACAUUGAUAACAAUGGACAGUAUGAGAACUCUGUGGACUGUAAGACACAGGUCAUUCUACCAGAUAUCAACAAGGCAGUUCGUAUCAGCUUCACUGGUUCAUUCAAUAUCCAGGACUCGACAGACUGUGUCAAUGACUAUGUGGAGAUCCGUGAUGGGUUUAGUUCAGCAUCUCCCAUGGUUGGUCGAUUCUGUGGUAGUACUGCUCCUGAUGAUGUUACCCUGUCAGGAAACCAAGCGUAUGUGGUGUUCCAUACUAAUGAUGCUGUCACCAGCUCUGGCUUCACCAUCCAAUACUCAUCCGUUGAUUUGCCAUGUGGAGGAACCUUGUAUGCGACCACUGCUGCCCAGACCAUAUCAUCUCCCAACUAUCCUAACAAUUAUCCAGUCAACCAGCGUUGCAGCUGGAUAAUUGACGCAACCAAUGCAACUAACCGAGUUCGACUGGAAGCCACUGAUUUCAAGGUUGAGGCUCAGGAAGACUGUACCAAUGAUUACGUUGAGUUCAGAGAUCAACCUGUAGGAUUGGAUGGUCGAGUAAUGAGGCACUGUGGUUCAAGCCUCCCACCAACCUUUGAUUCCAGUGGACAAACCGCCCAGGUGUACUUCUACUCAGAUGCUGUUUCAUCUACCACAGCUAAAGGAUUCUCUUUGCAAUAUUCCAUAGCAGAUUGCAACAGGAAUUAUAACCAAACCCAUGGCACCAUCAUGACGCCUGGAUAUCCCAGUGUGUAUAGCAAUGGCCAUGACUGUAGCAUACGUGUUACCAGCCCAGUAGGGACAUACAUCUCUCUCUACUUCAAUCACUUUGAUGUAGAGUCCCAUCCAGACUGUGUCUAUGACAGUGUAACGGUGUAUAAUGGAUCAGAUGCCAAUGCUGCUGUGGUAGGCACAUACUGUGGUGAUGUCCUUCCUCAACCUAUCUUUGCCAGUGGGAAUGAUCUUUUCAUACGCUUUGUAACAGAUAGUUCAGUGACACGUGGUGGUUACGAUGCCUCAUUCACAUCAUCUAGUGUCCAAGGUUGUGGAGGUUCGCUAAGCGGUCAGCACGGUAGCUUCACCAGUCCCAUGCACCCUGCUGUCUACCCUACCAGUCAAACAUGUGAGUGGAUGAUCAAGGUUCCUGCAGGGGGGCAACCUGUUACCCUAUCCUUCACCACAUUCAACAUAGAGGGCACCGAAGGGGUGUGUAACGAGGAUGUGAUCGAGGUCUACGAUGGUGCGGAUGCAACGGCUCGUCUGCGAGGGCGCUAUUGUGGAACGUCGCCCCCUGCUGAUAUUGUAGCUUCAGGCAGGGAUCUCUUUGUGAGGUUUACAACGAACGGACAAAACCCUACAGGAGACUACCAGUACACAGGAUUCAGAGCUACAUUCGACAGCUGAGAGAACUCCCCUAGCUACCAAAGAUUAUAACUUUUCUUGCAAGACGCUCCUUAAUCAAUGCAUCUUCAUCAAAAGUGAGAAAUUUGACAGGAAGGAGACUACUUGAUUCACACAUUCCCAUGGUCUUCCAUAUUGGAUCAAUACUUCAUACCGUCUCAAUCACACUAUGCAUUUUUAUAUCGGUAUUCUAUUCUCAUGUGUCAUAUGUAGAGUCAUUUUGUUAAUCAAAUGCAGUUGUGAGAAGAGUAUAUGAAUAUAAUUAAAGUACUAUAAUGUGGAAGAUCGUUUUGUAUUCAUGAAUAAUUCUACUGCACAUGAAUGAUAUUAAAAAAUGAAAAUAUAUUGUAAAUGAAGUGAGAAAAUAUAUUUUGAUGAGUGUUCAGUGUAUAGUGUCUUCUUAAAUCAUUUACAUAGAUGUUUAUCAAGAUGUUUAUCAAAGAAUAUAUUAAUGAUAUAUGAUAUGCAUUCUGUAUGUAACUUGUCUAAAUGUGUGCUUCCUGCAUGUAGAGCCUGUGGAUCUUGUAACCAAAAGAUUAAUCACAUUUAUCUUAUUUUCAGUCGUAAAAUACUUCCUCUUUUUAUGAAAAGACUGACAUGCAAGUGGUAGAUGUUAACAGUAUUCAGCUUCUAGUGUGCUUUUCUCCACCAACAUGAUAUGCAAAACGAUAGGAAUAUUACCUUGUUAAAAUUCAGUAUUUACAAUGUAUUCUCUCAUAUAUGCCUUGUUUCAAACUUUCAGUGUGCUACAUUUCUUCCAAUCUGUACAAGUAUUUAAUGACAAGACCAAAGUGUGCUCACAACAGAUUAGUCAUUUUAGUAAUUUUUUGUUUGAACUACAUUUAUUUUUCUAUUAGUAGCUACUAAUACACACUGUAUGCUAAUGUUUACAUUUUAAAGUACAAAAUCCAUACUUUUAUUAAAGGCGUGUAAAGUUGAAAAAGAAGAAAUAAGUGAUGUGGAUAUUGACAGUUAUUCCGUGGGGGGGGGGGGGGUAUUUCAGUUUAAGGUGAACUUUCUCAACACUUAGAUAUACUUGAUUCAAAAUUAUUGAAUUGGAAUUUAAGGAAAAGAAUUACAUUGAAUUACGUUGUAAAGAAUAAAUCAUUAGUAUUAGUGCCAUAAAUUGCCUUCUCAUUCAAGUAUGAUUCUUAUGCCAGAAAUAAUCAGUAAAAGUGUGCAGUUGGGAUAUUAUUUUGUACUUAAUAACAAUUAACAUUGUCUGGGUUUUGUUUUUAUUAUUGGACAUGUCUGUGGGUGAAUGACUAUGAAAUGGGGGGGGGGUGAAAUCAGAUAAAUGGGCUCAUUGAUUGGUUGUUUUGUAGAAACAGGAAAUAAUUUUGUUUACACAUAAAAAAAAGGCAUACAAUCUUUGAAUAAUAUGAAAGACAAUAGUUUAUUUCAAUCUAUUAUCUAAGGUUUACUCCCGUUUUGCUAGCUUUUUGAAUGAAAGAGAGGCUGAGACCAAGUACUGGCAAUUGCAUCACUGCUAGAUUAGUUCUUCUUUAGAUAAGAAUUGAUUGUAUCUGUCAAUCUGAGUUUAGAGUCACAAAAUGAAUAAUCUCCCUCAUCUAAUUCCUAUUGGUGUUCUAGCUAGAAAAACAUAAUAGCUUUUUUCUGUUAUUUUUGCUCUUAGUUAUGUAAUGUCUUCCUAACCUUGUAUCUUCCAUAAAUGUGUUAGAUUUUGAUGGAUUGAUAGAAUAGACUAAAAACUAAAUGUAACAUUAAAAUGCAAUGGGUGGAGGAUUGUACAAUUGUAAAUAAACAAACAAACUGUCUUUCUGUUACAGAGGGAAAAAAAGAGAAUUUAUAUCAAUUACUUUUGCUGUGUCAUCACUAAAACAAAUUGUUGUUAAGGUAUGCUGGUAUUUUUGCUUUCAAAUCGACUAUCAUUGAACUGUUAAACGUUUGGUUGUAUUUUGUUUCUAAUACCGGUCCAACCGGUUAGAUGCAGUUGCAUUUAUGUACAAUAACAUGUCGAUUUAUCUCUUUAUUGCAUAUGUACAAACAUAUCCAAAUUAUUGCCCAUGUAAACUACAACCAACAGUGUUCAAGCGGAGCCGAUUAUCUUAAUAUUCACAUUCAUACUGAUUUGAAGCAGAUAAUAUCUUGUUGGCCGACUCCCCAAUAUUGAGAAGUCCAGUGUUCAGACCUCUAUAUAUACACGUAAGUAUCACAGUUUUUAUAUUGUAUGCAGGGGCUUGGAUUACCAUGGAAAACAUGAUUAUCUUUUUUAAAGCAUUUUUUUCUAAAUUCUAGUCAGUGUGAGAGCAGACCCUGUUGAGAGCCAGAAGGGUGUUAAUUCCUCUAUGUUGAAGGAUACAAGAUAAUGCCCUUUUAGCUCUCAGCAGAUGAGGGAGGGGCCUUGAAAUAUAGUGGCAAAAUAUCAAGCUGUGUACCUCUACAAACAGUGAAUUGUAUGGUUGUGCAAGUAUCAUGAUCCAUUGAUGAUAACUGUAAAAUGAGAAAUACCUUAUCCUCAAAUGUCUAACUUUGUGACUAGCGAUUAUUGUGUGUACUGUAUUCUUUACAAAAUAAAAAAUUAUCACAAAUGCCUACUGUAUUCACUACUUACGGUAUCACAUCCAACUUAAAGGUACUAAAACUGUUGUUGCUUCCAAAUUCAGUGGUUUUAUAGUUGAAAAUCUUGACUAGUUUAUUACAAGGUUGAUGUAUGAAAGCUUCUAAGCUGUGAGGUAAAAUUAUCCUAUGUCCGUGUUCCCUUGUACUAUUUAUGUAAAUACACAAGUAACAGAAAUCAUAUUGAAAGUACAAGUAUGUGCCAAAUUUGUUCAUCAGUACCUCGCCUCUUACUAUACAUGUCUUUUCUACAAUUUUUUACAAAGAUUUUGAAUGUUCCAGACAAAAAUGUAUUUUUAAUAAUGUAUUGAAUUCAUGUAUUGCUUCUCUAAAAAGUGUGCAAAUGUUGAUGUUAAAUUGAGAUUAUAGUAUGAUAUGUAAUGACGGUAGAACAUAUUUUUGUGCUGAUGAUAGGUGUGCUCUAAACUCAUAUUGAACAUGGUGAACAGGUUUUCACGCAGGGAUGAUAGUUUUCAGACUUUGUAAUAGUUCUUCAUGUGGAUGAACUAUAGUCUGUGUGCAUUUAAUAAAGCCUAUGAAGAUAUCUGGAAGUGAUCAAUGCUGUUAAUGAUGUGAGUUUCGUAUUGUGAGGAAGAGUUUUACCUCCAAAUUAACAAGUAGUUUAGUGACUCCCUCCAAAGGUUUGAUGUAAUUGUUUGUAAUGUACCACAUUUAAAUGUUUAUUGAUCAUCAACUUUGCAUGUUUUUUUGUUUUAUGUUUGUCUGUUUGACAUUGGGAUGUUUGUUACCUGUUUAUUAUUAGUACUUCAUUUUUGGAAAAAAGCAUAUGCACAAUCAAACUUUGUGUCAUUCUACUGCUAGUCUGUUAAGUAUGUGUAUUCCAGCCACAUUUAUGUGAAGAUGCGGCGUAUUCCGUAUCCUCUCUUAGCUGCCUCUAUGUCUGAUCUAGCAUUAGUAUUAAUAAUAAAAUGACCUUUGUAUAUGUGUGCUUUUCUGUUUUACAUAUCAAAUUUAUUCAAAAGGAAUGCUGUGAAAAAGAAAAAAAAAUCAGUUCGUCUGUGCUUAGAAUGUAGUAUGAAAUGUAUAUGAUGAAUUAUUAAAGAAUAGUAGUUUUCAGUUUUUGGAAAAAAAAUA